GGAUUUAAAAAUAGCAACACCAGUCACUUAUGUAAAACGUCAACUGUCAACUGUCAUUCAAUAAAAUAAAUUAAAAUCUAAAAUCACGUGUGAGUCAUCAUUUUUCGAGAAAUUAAAACCAUUUAAAACGCAAUACGCAUGAAAAAAGGAUAAAAUAAGGCAAGAAGACACAGCCCAUCAUCAACCGCGACAUUAGCUGUUCCUAUCGAACCCGGAUGACCAGCGUGGAUCACCAACCACUCCCAUCUACUCCUUUUUCCUAAAGGUAUUUCUACGUGUUACACGUGAGUACAACUCCACUUUUAAACGUGAGUACAACUCGACUUUCUUUAUCGUAUAUUGUUUUAUGGCCUUACCUCUUCAAAAAGCAUAGAAUUUUCGUCUUUUACUCCACCUUUACAGGCUAUCGAAAUGAAUCCAAUUGAGUCAAAACCUAGGUCGAAAUCGCCCUAUAAAAUAACAUUGACUGAUGACGAGGACACUAAUCAGUUAAUACGUGAUUUAAUAAAGAAACGCGCAAUAGUUAAAAGUAGAUUAACAAGAUUUUCAUCGUAUGUCAAUGGAUUCAAAUCUGACGAAAUUUUGCCUAGUCAAACUCAAGUUGAUUUAAAGUUGCGUUUGCAAGGAGCAACCAGCCUUUAUGCUGAGUUCACUGAGCUUCAGUCUAAGAUAGAAGAGUCAGUUUUAGAUGUAGAUUUAGAAGAACAAUUAAAUCAACGUGAUGCGUUUGAGGAUAACUAUUAUAGUACAUUGGCCCGUGCUGAACGUAUGAUAAAGUUAGAAGAGGUCACUAGUGCAUGCUCUAAGCGUUGUCAUAGCCACAAUGACACAAUAAAGUUACCUACAAUAUCAGUACCUACCUUUGACGGUUCAUGUGACCGUUGGUUAGAGUUUAGGGAUACCUUUCAAUCGUUGGUACAUGAAUCCACUCAGAUAAGCAGUAUUCAAAAGUUUCAUUAUUUGAAAUCAUCCUUAAAGGGCAGCGCAGCACUAGUUAUAGACUCAGUGGAGUUCUCAUCCGAUAAUUACUCGGUAGCAUGGGAGUUGCUCUUAAAUAGAUUUAAUAACAACAAGUUAUUAAUACAUAGUCAUAUUAAGGCAUUGUUUACACUUCAAGCGAUGACAAAGGAGGCACCAGAUUUAUUAAGAAAUUUAAUAGACAGUUAUUUAAAAAAUCUACGUGCAUUAAAAAUAUUAGGCGAACCAGUUGAUAGCUGGGAUACAAUAUUGAUUUAUAUUAUUGUUUCCAAACUUGAUAAAACAACAGAGCGAGCAUGGGAACAAUACAGAAACACAAUUUUAAAUAAAUCUGAGGACUCCAAGUCACGCUUGAAAGUUGAAGUUUUAUUAACAUUUCUAAAGGAUAGGGCAGACAUGUUAGACACAUUGCAGGCAAAUUGUACCAAAACAAAUGAUACUAAGAAACACCAUACAAACUCAAAUUCAAAGGUACACUGCAAUGUUUCUAGCACCAAGAGCAAGCCGCAUGCUACACAGCGGUCAUGUUUACUUUGUAAAUCUAAUCAUUCACUAUAUGCGUGCAGUAAAUUCUUAGCUUUAGACUUAAAUGCAAGGCUAAAGGUUGUACGGGACAAUAAAUUAUGUGAAAAUUGUUUGCGGCCUGGAGGGCAUACAGCAGCUGACUGUAGAUUUGGACCGUGUAGGAAGUGUGAGAAUAUUAAGCAUAAUUCCUUAAUUUGUGAUAAAGGUACUGACCCGAAGGGCCAAGUACCAUCUCCAGCGGUACAAAGCGAUGAAAAAAGACCAUCUAUAGUUUCUUUAGCGUCCCUCAAAACCACUGCUGCACCUCAACUAUUUGAGACCCCAAUGAGCAUGCACACAGAGACAUUAUGUGCCCAAUAUCCCUGCGUGCAAAGAGUCCUGUUAUCGACUGCAUUAGUUUUAGUACGUGACAAAUUUAAUAAUUAUCAUUUAGCCCGCACUCUUUUAGAUUCUGGUAGUGAACGUUGCCUUAUUAAAAAAUCUUUAUGCGAUAUUCUAAAUAUACCAGUGAUACAGUCUGCUCAAGAAAUUCGUGGAGUUGGAAAUUCAGUUACACAGGCUACGUUAACCUGUGAUAUUGAAAUCAAAUCACGCACCAGCUCCUAUACUACGCGCUUACAAUGCAUAGUUCUACCGAACAUUACAUCUACUUUUCCUGCUAUACCUAAACAAGAUGCGCAAUGUAAAAUUCCUAACAACUUACAGUUGGCAGACCCCGACUUCUAUGAAGGUCAGAGCAUAGACUUACUCAUAGGAGCUGACAAGUUCUGGGACUUACUGAGCCAAGGUAAAAUGCGUUUACCUGCUGGUCCAUUCUUGCAAAAUACGCGACUAGGCUGGAUUAUUUCAGGUCCCUUACAUAUUAAUGCGCGCAAUAAGGGCCACAUCCAGUGCAAUUUCUCUCAAUCGGUUAACGAUCAACUUCGUCUGUUCUGGGAGAUUGAGGAACUACCUAAGCCAUGUGAUACGCGCACAGAGGAGGAAAAGGCGUGCGAAGACCAUUUCGUCAAAACUACUACGCGCAAUAAUGACGGAAGGUUUUGCGUAAACAUUCCCCUCAAAUUAUCACCGCAUGAAUUAGGUGAGACGCAUCCUCAAGCCAUUAACAGAUUUAUGUCGUUAGAGAGGCGGUUACAACGCGUACCAGAGUACAAAAAAAUGUACAGUGAUUUCAUACACGAAUACGAAAAUCUAGGUCACAUGACCCGAAUUGACACUUAUGGAACGCCACACUGUUUCAUGCCGCACCAUGGGGUAUUCCGAGAGCAUAGUACCACGACGAAAUUACGUGUGGUUUUUGACGCGAGUUUUCCUUCCUCUACGUCAAUCUCUUUUAACAGUCUCCAGCGUGUAGGCCCUCCCAUACAAGGCGACUUACUAGCCAUCUUACUGCGUUUGCGGCAGCACAGGUACGUAGCCUGUGCAGACGUAGAAAAAAUGUAUCGUCAAAUACUUGUAGCAGAAGAUCAGCGAGAUCUGCAACUGAUCGUAUGGCGUGAUGAUCCAAAGGAAUCUUUAGGUAUUUACAGACUUAACACUGUUGUGUACGGAACCGCUUCCGCGCCCUUUCUCGCCGUAAGAUGCCUAAAGGAAUUAGGGUUUACCAGUUCAGAUCCUGACGUAAAAAGAGUCAUCACAGAAGACUUUUUUGUCGACGAUAUGAUUACGGGCCUAGACGAUAAAGAUAAAUUAACGGAAUUGUGCAGAAAAGUAUAUGAAGCUUUGCAAUCGGGAUGCUUUCCUCUACGGAAAUGGAUAUUUAACUUUGAAUGCGAUCAGUCUGUUUUCAACGGCAUAAAACAAUUGAAUUUAGAAGGAAAAGGCGAGUGUAAAACAUUAGGGAUAGGGUGGAAUAAUUCUACCGAUGAAUUUAACUAUAACACAACAUUUAAACAUGAUGCACAGAUAUCUAAGCGCACAAUAUUGUCACAUGUUUCGCAAAUAUUCGACCCGCUGGGUUUAUUAAGCCCUGCAAUAAUAAUAGCGAAAACUCUAUUGCAAAAGUUGUGGUUAACAAAAACGGAUUGGGACGACGCGCUACCUAAUGACGUCAUCGAGGCGUGGAACCGGUUUGCGAAUAGUUUAGCGGCGCUUAACGACAUUGUCGUUCCACGACAUGCUAUUGGGCUGGACCCUGUGUCUAUCGAGUUGCACAUCUUUACGGAUGCAUCGCAGGUAGCCUAUGGCGCGUGCGCGUACAUUCGCACUAUCACGAAAAAUAAUACAAUUUGCAAUAGAUUGUUAUGCGCAAAGGCAAAGGUCGCGCCCGUGAAGCCUCUCACGAUCCCUAGGCUAGAAUUAAGCGGAGCGGUUUUAGGUGCGCGGUUGUACAAAAAAAUAAGCGAAUCACUUCACUGUCAAUUUGAUAGCGUAACAUUCUGGACAGACUCAACUAUAGUAUUAGGAUGGUUACGAAUGGCUCCUAAUCUAUUGAAAACUUUCGUUCAAAACCGAAUUGUCGAAAUUCACGAAUUAACUGGUGAACUUCCAUGGCGGCAUGUGAGUGGUAAAGACAAUCCAGCCGAUAUGGCCUCACGCGGAGUCCUGCUAAACGAUCUCGCCACCUCCACACUUUGGUGGGAGGGACCAUGUUUCUUACGCGAUCAUACGUUCGGCCGCUCUGGCAUUGUACCAGACCAAGAUCAAGCCACUAUGCACGAAGACCUGCCUGAAGUAAAAUCUAAUUCAGUAUUAGUGUGCACUGAAGAACGUGAUUUGUUUCCCUUUUCUCGGUUUUCUCAAUUCAAUCGAAUGAGAUGCACCUUCGCGUACGUACUUCGCUUUCUUCAUAACACGCGCAACUAUAAAAUAAAUCAGCGGACUGGCGCUCUCAGUUCGGAUGAAUUGAGAAGAGCUGAGCUGGGCUUAGCAAAACUUUCGCAAUCGGAGUCAUACGGUGAGGAAUAUGAAUUAAUAAACAAAACGAAGACGCGAAAUUUAAAACCGUCGUUAUUAAAACUUAAUCUGUUUAUUGAUAAAGAUUCAGAUCUAAUACGUGUAGGCGGUCGUAUUGGAAAUUCAAAUGAAUUCGAUUACAACAAAAGGCAUCCUAUACUACUUAACUCAAAACAUCGAUUCACAAUUUUGUUGUUACGUCAUGAACACAAGCGUUUGCUCCACGCAGCUCCUCAAGCGCUAUUAUAUGAGGUGCGACAACAAUGGUGGCCUGUAGGUGGGAGAAAUCUUGCACGUCAGGUUGUUCAUGAGUGUAUUUUAUGUAAGCGAUUGAAAGGUGACACUUUACAUCCUCUUAUGGGUAAUCUACCAAAAGAGCGAGUGACUCCAACUUACCCUUUUCUUUAUUGUGGAGUAGAUUACGCAGGGCCAGUGCUCACGUUGAACCGAAAGGGUAGAGGUGCUAGAACUGUAAAAUCAUACAUUUGCUUAUUUAUAUGCUUCUCGACUCGCGCAGUUCACUUAGAGCUUGUCAGUGACCUGACUUCUGACUCAUACAUUCUGGCGCUUAAGCGUUUCAUUUCAAGGCGCGCAAAGCCCUUAGAAAUUACUUCUGAUAAUGGAAAAAAUUUUGUUGGCACGAUGAACGAAUUUGGAAAGUUUUUAACGAGAUGUUCCGAUGACAUCUCUGAAUACGCAGUUAGUCAAAGCAUCACGUUCAAGUUUGUCCCAGCGUAUAGUCCUCAUUUCGGUGGCCUGUGGGAGGCUGGAGUGAAAUCUUCCAAAUACCAUCUAACUCGCGUUAUAGGAAACGCACACCUAACCUUCGAAGAACUUACUACAGUUCUCACGCAAGUUGAAUCAAUUCUCAAUUCCCGUCCUCUUUCACCUAUGUCAUCCGACCCCCAAGAUUUCCUACCCCUUAGUCCUGCCCACUUCUUGGUUGGUCGAUCUCUGACUGCGCCAGUAUACGAAGACAUGCGAAAUCAAACGGGCUCUCACCUCAGUCGCUAUCAACGGGUGGAACAGAUGCGACACCAUUUCUGGGAGAGGUGGUCUAAGGAAUACAUCUCUGAACUGCAGACAAGAUGUAAAUGGAUGAGCGGCGUCGACACACUGCAACCAGGCAUGAUGGUCGUGAUCAAGGACGACAAUCUUCCUCCACUAAAAUGGCAUCUUGGACGCAUCAUCAACGCCAUCCCAGGCAAGGAUGGCAUUUCACGUGUAGCAGACAUUCGCACGCCUACGGGCGUGGUGAGACGCUCAUUUGCGAAGAUAUGUCCAUUGUUUUGCGAAGAGGAGGUGAAGAAGACUACCUUGGAACCCGGUGAUUCCAAGGCCGGGGGCAUGUAAAGGAUUUAAAAAUAGCAACACCAGUCACUUAUGUAAAACGUCAACUGUCAACUGUCAUUCAAUAAAAUAAAUUAAAAUCUAAAAUCA